AUGUGUGGUUUUUUUUUUAUUUUAGCUUUCUUCACGUAUAAUGUAAAAAUAUUAUUUUCUCAGUUGGUGAUACUGAGUCUAGCUGCUUUGGCAGUGGCUGCACCUCGAACAGGCCAAGAAGUCCAAAUUUUGCGUUAUGAAAAUGAAAAUAUUGGUGUGGGUGGCUACAGAUACGCAUUUGAAACGUCAGAUGGCACGAGUCACCAGAGUCAGGGAGAGAUUAGAAACGAAGGUAGUGACAACGAGUACUUGGCUGUAUCCGGGUACUACACUUGGACCGCACCCAAUGGCAGGCAAUACAAAGUGAAAUACGUCGCUGAUGAUAACGGGUACCAACCGGAAGUAGAAGAAGCACCCGGAGCGCCAGGACCGAUUUUAGCAAUUUUGGUUCUGGUUGCUGCUGCCUCUGCUGCGCCGCAAGCCUACAACCCUCAGGAUGUUCAAAUCCUUCGGUAUGAUACUAACAACGAUGGACUGGGCACAUAUAAUUUCCUGUACGAGCUGAGCGAUAAGUCAUCACGUCAAGAGCAAGGAGAAUUGAAGAACGUCGGUACUGAUGAGGAAGCUCUGGUGAUGCGUGGCUCUUACACCUGGGUCGGUCCCGACGGCCUGGAAUAUAAAGUGACCUACGUCGCCGACGAAAACGGUUUCCAGCCCACCAUCGACCAGCCACCGGGCGGUGCUGUCCCCCCAGGUGUGGUUGCGUCCCUACUCGGUUAA